AUGUUAAAAUGGUGUCGCGGCAGAUUUAAUAAGAACAAAACCCAAGACUAUGGGGAGUCCAAAUCACAGAUUACAUUAAAUUAUAAGGUUCAUGAACUACAUCUACUCGGGGCAAGGUACGUUAUAUACGCGUCAUUCACGUCUCUUGAAUACCAGGCCGAAGGGAAAGCGUAUUCCAUGAAGGAGCUAACCGCAGUUAUCCACAUUCGUCACUCCUCGACAGGUUUCAGCAAUUACGCUAAAGCGGUUGCAGCUCCCGACGAUAUACAUGAUGGAGCUAAGGUAGCGAGUCAAUUUCUAGUACCAAUAAAGACUGGCUCAAGAUAUCAAAAAGAAUACGAAGAUUUUAUUUCAUGGCGAAAAAGCAAGGAAGAAAUUUUGUUACCAUAUUGGUCAGAUUUGUCUUCUAAAUUCGUUCCAAAUAGUUUGUUGAGCAAACUGUCUAUGUUGAAAACAUGUCUAAAACUACAUAAAAAUGUCGAUACUUCCGGAUAUGGAAAAUUAUUUACUUUGCUAAAGAGAAAAUCUAAAAACUACAAGCCGAAGAAGGUGGCUGUUUUGAACGAAGAGCAAGUAACUUGAUUUUUUUGGAAGCUCCUGAUAAUGUGUUCGUAUUAAAAAAGGUGAUAUUAUUGUUUGGGAUAUAUAUAGGGCAUAUCGACGAGAAGAGC